AUGUUGCGCGACUCGUGUUUCCGAAACACUGGGGACGCCCGGAGGCCCCAUGCCGCCUUCGACCGGGAAGGGGGCGGUCGAGAGACGAGGGCCCGUGGGGACACUGGGCCUCCGGCAGCGCCGGAGGUGCCGCAGGCCGAAGGCUUGCAGGCCACAAGCGAACAGCCUGUGCAGGAAGGCCAGGCCCGACCCGAGAGGCAGGUGGGCGGCCCCAGCGAGAUAUCGGUGCCGCUGGUGCAUGACAUAAUGGCGGUGGAGGCGCUGUGGGGCCUGGUGGAGGAGGAGGUUGAGGUGCCGGCCGCGGAAGAGGACACGCGCAGCAGGAGUCAAAGAUUAGAAGGAGGACGAGCAGCAGAAGCCCAAGCAGAAGGAGGAAGAGCGGAAGGAGGAGGAGUUGGCGGAAAUGAAAGGGGAGGAGCAGGAGCACCAGGGUGUACAAGCGGGCGCGGCCGUGGCGGUGGAGGCAUCGGCGGCGGCAGUGGCAGGGGAAGGGGACCAGGAGGAGGAGCAGGAGGAGGAAGGGAAGGCGUGGGAGCCAUCCAAGGGAGAGCAGAAUUGCAAACGGAGGAGGAAGAGGAGCAGGAGAAGGGAGCGCUGGAGGAGCAGCAGCAGGGCGAGGAGGAGGUGGAGGGAAAGGAGGACAAGGAGGAGCGGGAGGAGGAGGAGGAACAGAAGCCGAGUGAGCAGGAAGGCCGAUGGGUGGAAGAAGCCCAGGAGCUGCAGGUGAAGCAGCAGAAGAAGGAGCGGGUAGAGUCAGGCCUCCGUCCUUGCCCUUCCCCACUGGAGGCUCUGGAGGCCCUUCAGAUAGAGCUACAGCCGGUGAAUAAACAAGCCAGCCGGGAGCACGCUCCACUCCAACUCAGGAUGUGGCAGAGGCGGCAGCGUCAUCUGGAACAGAGAAGUGCCCUUAUCCAGGGCAUCCGUGGUUUCUGGGCCAAGGCUUUUGUGAACCACCCUCAGAUGUCAGCCCUGAUUAGUAAGCCCGAUGAAAGCAUGCUUCGCCACAUGACCAAUUUGAAGGUGGAGGAACACAAAUUUCCCAGGGAAUGCCGGAAGAUCCUGCUGUUUUUUGUCAAGAACUCCUACUUCCAGAAUGAAGUCGUUACGAAGGAGUAUGUCCUAGGCCUUGCUGGGUAUAGGGCGUCUCAUUCCAGUCCCAUCCAGUGGCACCCAAGGUACAGACAGGAGGCCUACAGACGCAGGCAUGACAACAGCAGCCUCAACUUCUUCAACUGGUUCUCUGACCACAGCUUUGCCGGCUCUAGCAGGAUUGCUGAGAUAAUCAUAGAGGAUCUUUGGCCCAAUCCCCUGCCGUAUUUCAAGAUGAAGGAGGCCCCAGGAGAGAGAACUGAGAGGGAAAGAGGGAUAUGCACGAUCUAGAGAAGAGUAUGA